AUGGGAGCAGGAAACCAUACGGGAGCAUCACAAUUCCUCCUCCUGGGCCUCUCAGACGAUCCUGAACUGCAGCCCCUCCUCUCUGGUCUGUUCCUGUCCAUGUACCUGGUCACCGUGCUCGGGAACCUGCUCAUCAUCCUGGCCAUCAUCUCUGACUCCCACCUCCACACCCCCAUGUACUUCUUCCUCUCCAACCUGUCCUUUGUUGACAUCUGUUUGGUCUCUACCACCAUCCCAAAGAUGCUGCUGAAUAUCCAGGCAGAGAGCAAAGACAUCUCCUACAUAGGAUGCCUCACUCAGGUGUACUUUUUUAUGGUUUUUGCUGGAAUGGAUGCUUUGCUUCUGACUGUGAUGGCCUAUGAUCGGUUUGUGGCCAUCUGCCACCCCCUGCGCUACACAGUCAUCAUGAACCCUCGCCUCUGUGCCUUUCUGGUUCUGAUGUGUUGGUUCAUCAUUUUAUCCAUCUCCCUGUUUCAUAUUCUAUUGAUGAUGUGGCUGACCUUCUGUAUUGGCACUGAAAUUCCACACUUCUUCUGUGAACUGGCUCAGAUUCUCAAGGCAGCCUGCUCAGACACCCUCAUCAAUGACAUCUCUUUGUAUGUGGGCACUGCCCUGCUGUGUAUGUUUCCUCUGACUGCGAUCCUCUUUUCUCACUCUCAGAUUGUCUUCUCCUUAACGAAGGUGGCCUCCACUGAGGGCAAGUACAAAGCAUUUUCCACCUGUGGGUCGCACCUCUCUGUGGUUUCCCUGUUCUAUGGGACAGGCCUGGGGGUCUAUCUCACUUCUGCUGUGACCCAUUCUUCCCAGAGACAUUCCAUUGCCUCAGUGAUGUACACUGUGGUCACCCCCAUGCUGAACCCCUUCAUCUACAGCCUGAGGAACAAGGAUGUGAAGGGGGCCCUUAGAAGGCUCCUCAGUCAAGGUGCCCCUUGUCCAUGA